UAGGAUUCUAGAAAAUAGGUCAUUCCUUCCCCCUUUACUAUCAGGCUAUCAGCUACUUCACCGGUCCCGAUUUCUCUCGCUGCGAAAUCUGCAACUCCAUAUAAUUUGAACCGCCAGGGCAAGUUUGUGCUAUCCCUGCUCGUUAGGCUGUCUCUGUGAAAAAAAAUGGGUCAGAUCCAGUAUUCCGAGAAGUAUUUCGAUGAUACCUACGAGUACAGGCAUGUGGUACUUCCGCCAGAAGUGGCGAAGCUCCUUCCGAAGAAUCGGCUUCUCUCCGAAAAUGAAUGGAGAGCUAUAGGGGUUCAGCAGAGCCGGGGAUGGGUUCAUUACGCUAUUCAUCGACCAGAGCCACACAUCAUGCUCUUCCGAAGGCCACUGAACUAUCAACAGCAACAAGAGAACCCAUCUCAGCAAAGCGUGCUUGCCCAGUGAAAGCCCUGAGCCAAUACUUAUAUGAAUUAUGCUUCAUUUCCUCCAGAAAUGAUGAUAGUUUGUGUUCCUUAGAGACAUGUCUCAAUAUGUUACAGACAGUGUAGUGCUUUACUGCUUGUGUGGCUUUGAGAGAAACUUGUUGCUUUGCUUUCUUGUAAUGAAUUAUUUUCUGUUGUCUUCUAAAGAUUGUUUAUGUGUUGCUGGCUCCCUCUAUUUUGAUCUUAUUGAUCAGAUUUUAACGAGUACUUAACAAGUGUAAAGAGGAAGGACCCAAAAGUCUACUUUUGGUGGAAGCUGUUUUAUUCAUUUGCAAUUAACAUUGCAGACUGUUAAAUG